GUGCCCACAGCAGCGGGUCCGAGGCGCAGCCGGAUCCCGCCAUGGAACAGCCCAGGAAGGCGGUGGUGGUGACCGGGUUCGGCCCUUUUGGGGAACACACUGUGAACGCCAGCUGGAUUGCAGUCCAGGGAGAACCUUCCAGAUCACGUCUCCCCUCCCCCAGCCCCUCUGCUCUGCACACUCUCCCCCUCUUCCCUGCUGUCUGGGGCUUGACAUGUGUGGUGAAAAGCGCCCAGUCACUGUGUGGACCGUCUCUGCUGCAGGAGCUGGAGAAGCUGGGUCUUGGUGACAGCGUGGACCUGCACGUGUACGAGAUUCCGGUUGAGUACAAAACGGUGCAGAGGCUCAUCCCCGCCCUGUGGGAGAAGCACAGUCCCCAGCUGGUGGUGCAUGUGGGGGUAUCGGGCAUGGCGACCACAGUCACACUGGAGAAAUGUGGACACAACAAGGGCUACAAGGGACUGGACAACUGCCGCUUCUGUCCUGGCUCUCAGUGCUGCGUGGAGGACGGGCCUGAGAGCAUUGACUCCAUCAUUGACAUGGAUGCGGUGUGCAAGAGGGUCACCACGCUGGGUCUGGAUGUGACAGUGACCAUCUCACAGGAUGCCGGCAGAGCCACGGCCGCUCGGCCUUCGUCCACGUGCCCCCGCUGGGCAAGCCCUACAACGCCGACCAGCUGGGCAGGGCGCUGCGGGCCAUCAUCGAGGAGAUGCUGGACUUGCUGGAGCAGUCAGAAGACAAGCUCAGCUACCGCCACAAACACUGAGCGCCGCAGGCCUCCCAAGACCUCGCCCCGUGGACCCAAGAGGGACAUCGCCCUCAGGGGCCUGGCCAGGAAGACCAGCGGUCGUCCCCGGUCACCCGGCUCCUCUCUCUCUGCAGAAGCUCCGGUGGACUUGAAGCAGAGGCUGGGGCUUCUCCUGUUCCCCUGUGCACUGGGGGACACAGCCGCCACAGCCAGGAGGUCAACCAGUGGGCCCAGACGCCCCGGGAAUCCUGGUCAGGUGGCCCGUGCCCUGUGACCUCCGGCCGGGCCGCCUGCUCCUGUGCCUCCCACGUCUGUGGGUGGAGGAGAGCCAGCCCCUGGCUCCUGGCUGGUUUGUCUCAAAUUUAAGUCUCAUGAAGAGUCUCAGCCCAAAACUGUCCCCCAAAGCUUGGGUGGCCCCAGAUGGGGCCGCCCUGGGACGGUUGGUUUUAUUCUCUCUUUUUUUCUAUUUUUGAGGACAGUCGUGGGAGCUGGGGGCCAAGAGCCACUGGUGUCCCCUUUGCCAACCCGUGGCUCGGCCGAGGACAGACGGGCCUUUUCUUUCUCCCAGGGUGUGGCCUCUUUGGCCUCUGGCCCCCAAAACUGGACUUGACUCUUGUCUUUGUGUCGGGACAACAGUGGCCAGGCCACAGUGCAGCCACGGGGACCUGGUCCCUUGACACCAGAGCCGUGCGCCGUCCCUGGAGGCCUCCUGCACCCGUGGGACAGCCGCUCUGGGCCGCUGGGGGUCCGUUAACACCUAAAGUAGCCGCCACCUCGCUGGGCAUCUGGGCCUGGGGCCUGGAGCUGGCGUCCUGGAGUGUCCCCACGUGUCCCUGCAGGAACUGGCGGGCCCCGGUGGGCUUCUUGUGAGUGGUCUCUGGGACGUCCCCAGGACUCGGGAGUCGCUCUACCUCGCUCCCUGCCCACUCUGAACUUGGCGGGCAGGGCCAGCGGCCUCCCUCAGCAGGUGGCCUGACCCUGACACCUGCAGGAGAGAGCGUCCUCCUGUAGCCAUGCCACCAAGGAAGGAAGAUGGGCGUCUGGGGAACCAUCGGCUUUUCUCUGGGGAUGAGGUUUCCCUGUUGCCCUGGGAGGGCGCCACUGGACCCUGUCCCUGGUUGAGUCCUGCUUGGGUCCCGCCAGGUUCUGCAGCCCCAGGCAGCUGGCUGGGCUCUCUGACUCCCUUCCCUUCCCUCCCGUUCCCAGGUCGGUGGGGCCUCGCGGACCUGCCGCAUGGUUCAAGGUCGCCUGGCCAUCUGGGACCUGGCGGUGGUCCUCUGGGACCUGGCGGGUCUUGGCCACCGUGUCCUGAGCCCUGGCUGUCCCUGGGAGGCCAGCGGCACGGUUGUGUGACCCGGCUCUGCUCUGGGCAGCGGGCUGGACUGUGGCUGGCAGGUUAAGGUGAUUGGGACCCUGCCACCUCCAUGCCAGCCCUUGCUCUGUUGGGCACUACUGUCCCCCCAAGUCCCCAGCCUGAGCACGGGGUCUCCAGAGAGCCACGUGCUCGGCGGCUUCUGUGACAGAAGGACGUGGGGCUCUCGGGACGUGGGGCCCCGGGAUCUCAUUCAGACCGACCCCAGGCUCCAUCGGGCCAUCUGUGUCCCCCAGAGGCCCCAGGGCAGGAGGGGCGGUCCUGGGCUCUCUGGGCACCUGCCCAGACCUUUCCAGCUCUUGUCCCUGUCCCUCCCUGUGUUCCUGGUCCUGUGUGGCUCCGCCCCUCAGAGGUGUGACGUCCUGCACGUCGCCGUCCUGCCUUCCUCAUGAGCUGCCGCUGCCAUGCGCAGCGCGGGGCGGCUCUCACGUCAUCAGAUGCCAUUAAACACGUCACUCACGUCCUGCCAGCUUUUAUUUCCUCAGGGGGUGACGUUUUGUGACGUGUCUGUUGGGUGAACUCAUCGCUCACUCCGUGGUCGGUCUGUCUGUCUGUGUUGGUCCCUGUGUGAGAAGGGAGGACCGAGGCUCCCUGUCCCCCCUCAUCUUCAGACCCGGGAGCUGGCAGACGGUCGGUCUGAGAUGGGGAAGGCGGUGAUGGUGUUCCUGGUGGAGAGUCAGGCUGGGGACGGACGUGGCGGGCAGCUGGGGGAGGAGGGAGGUGACGCUGGGCGGGUCUGUGGGAAGCAGCCGGGGAGCCCCUGGGUGCUGAGGAGGGGACGGUGAGCAGCCUGGACCUGACGAUGGCUCCCUUUUCACAGGUGCCACAGCCUGUGACCUCUGUGUCUCCUGCAGCCCUGGGGCCCGGGGAGGAGGUGGGUGGCCUGUGCAGGCUGCAGCCGGAGAAGGAAGUGAGACUGGGGGGUGGGAGGGGAGAAGGGCGAGGGGAAGUGUGACCGGUGAACUGAGCUUGGGGUCACCUGGUGACACCUACGACCUGCCCGGUCAAGGACUGGAGCACACAAGGUCCCCGAGGCCACUCACGCAAGGCUGGCCAGGGGAAGGAGGGCUGAGUCAUGGAUUCCCAGCCAGUGCCAGAUUUUUUAAGAAAAUGUCAUGUUGUGCCGGGCACGGGGUGGCACGCGCUUGUGAUUCCAGUAACUCAGGAGGCUGAGGCAGGAGGAUCGCAAGCUCAAGGCUGACCUCAGCAGCUUAGUGAGGCCCUUAGCGACUUGGCAAGACCCUGUCUCAAAAAGGGCUGGGGAUGGGGCUCAGUGGUUAAGGCCACCGGGCUCACUCUCCAGGACCAAAAAAAGAAAGAAAAGAAAGGGAAAAUGUCACAUUGCAAUAGUUUCAGCGAAGGGAAAUCCCUGCUCUAUUCUUUGCUGGCGUGGAAACGUCUAGAACAGCCAGGGUCUGCUCCGAGGCAGGGGGGCUGUUUGUCCUAGGAGCCUCCUGGGGAGCAGGGCCACCUGGUGUGUGGCUCUGGGCUGGAGGGGCUGCAGGAGACCCACCCCCCCUCCUGGCUGCCUGUCUAGACUGUUGACCUUUGACCUCCCCGCCCCCUCACAGCGUCUGCACCCAGAAGUGGGGACAAAGCUCCUUUCUUUUCUGUGGCCUCAGCCUCUGCCCCAGACUGUGGGGCGGCCUCGGAGGCUGCAGCCGGCCUCGGGCACCAAUGGCCUCACAGACACACGCGGGCGCCCGGAGUGGCCGGGACAGUGAAAGGGCUUUGUCUCCUGCUCCAGGUGCAAAUCCUCACGGGGCCGGGCUGGGGGCGAGGGGGGGAGUGUGUUUGUUGUGGGGAAGUUGGGGACCCCCCAAGACCCUGGGCACGAGGCUCCUGGGGGCAGGCCUGGCCGACGUCCCUGUCUGCAGGGCUCAGGCCUCUGUGGGGGGUGCUGAAGCCCUCACCCAGACGUCCCCAUCCCGGUGGCCUGUGUCUGGGCUGGUUGUCACACACUGUCUGGGCCCUCUGAGGACCUUGGAGGCGCAGCCCAGCCCCCUCCUGUCCUCCCUCCCCUCCCCCACUUCCCCUGACCUUUCUCCCGUUGCCCAGCGACACACAGAAGUGCCUGCCCUGCUCCCGUGCUCGCGGGGCACAGAGAAGGGGACAGGUCCUGGUGCUGGCAGUGGCCAUGGCCCCCUCCACCUGGACCCAGGUUGGCCCGCGCCAGGGUUCUGCCUGGAAGUCCCCCGGCUCUGGGUUCCUCACGGCCUGUGGCGUCCCCGUCCUGGCCCACGAGGAGAGGCCACAGCUGGGCCUUGGGAAGGGGCCCCCUUUCCUCCUGGCUUGUUCUGGGGCCCGCCCAAAUCUCAGGUUUUCAUUUUGUUCUCAAUUCCUAGGAAAUAGUUGUUCUUGCUGAAAGUGACUGUUUUCUGUCCCCCGGGGAGGGCCCGCCCCUCCGUCCCCAGUGUGGCUUCCCCCCCACCUGAGGGCCUGCCAGUGCCUUGUCUGAGACCCCGUUCUGUGUCCGGGGUCCCCUGGAGCAGAGGAGGGUCUGCUGGGCUCUGGGAGACUCCACACUUGACACCCCAGAAGCAAAUAAAAUAGUUGAAAUGUGUCA